AUGGGAACAUGUGCAUAAUGUAAUAACACAAAAUAAGAUUCAGUAGAAAGUGAUAUGUAUAAAAAACAUGAGAGUGUACAUUUAAAACUGUUAGAAUUGAAUCAAAUAUCUAAAGCUACAAUCUUUGAAAGAAUGAAAUUUAAUAAAAAGAUGGAAAUUGAUUAAUUAAGUGAUAAAAUUUUUGAGGAUUCAUUAUAAAUAAGUGAAGUAAAUUAAGAAAUAACUUUAAUUUAAAGUAUACAUGGAAGUCUAAAGAGAAUAAAUAAAUAAUAUAACUUUUAGGAAUGUAUUUAGAUGUUCAAUAAUGCUUAGAAGUGUUAAUAAAAUGAAUCUAUAAAUAAACAAAAAUUUCGUAUGACAGAUCCUAACUUACCUAAAAAUUUAUCAAAUUCUUCAAGUUCAAAUAACUAAUUCCAAGAGUUUAAUAAAUAAUUUAAAGUAAUUGAGAAAUAAAAUAUUGAAUUUGAUGAUAAUAAAUCUUUAAAAAGCAUAUUAAAGAAAACUAAUAUGAGAAAUUGUGAAAGUAAAUCAGUUCAUUUUGCUCGUAAUACAAAUUCAAGUCAAACUUAAAUGAAAUCUCGAUCUUGUAAUCAUUCAAAAAAGAAAAAGAAAAAAAUAUAACAAUUUGACAAUUAUAAAUUUUGA